GAAUUAAUUUGAUGGCUGUUUCAGCCUGGUUGACUUUUUCUUUUUGGGUUUCUGUAAUCAACAUUCAAACAUGAAGAAUUGGGAAGAAACUUACGUGUAGCAUGUUGGCUGCUAAGCAAAUCAAAAGGGAGUUUAAUUGAUAACGUAUAUGUGGUGUUCUGUUUUGUUUGAUUGAUCAGCUGUUCUGUGUUCAUACAGUUGUACUGCUCUAUCUUGCCUUGUGCUAACCGUGCAUACUUUAUUUAGGUGUUAUCAUCUUGGAUAACCGGCUCCUUAACCUGGAAGUUCAGUGGGUUUUGUUCUUGGAGUUUACGUUAGUUUAAGUGGUGUUUCUGAUCCAAGUCUGCGGUGUGUGUCAUGCGAUUGUGCCUAUUCUAAGUAAUAUUACGUUCAUGGCCUUUGAAGCUUCUAAUGGAAGAGGGCUUCAGCCCAGUUUAUUCAAUGUGGAUGAUAUCGAGUUAAACACAAAUUGGGAAGAUGUGGCUUGUCCUAUAUGUUUGGAUUUCCCUCACAAUGGUGUACUCCUCCAGUGCACAUCGCACAAUAAUGGAUGCCGUCCUUUUGUCUGUGACACAAACCACUUGCACUCAAAUUGUUUGGACCGUUUCAAAAGUGCAAAUGGUAUGUCAUCUCCUUCAAAAUCCGAUGCUAGUCUGACAAGCGACACUGAGCCAGUGGCAUCAGAAGACAACUGCAGGCCAACUUGCCCGUUGUGUCGGGGUGAAGUGACUGGGUGGGUUGUUGUUGAUAAGGCUCGUGUUCAUCUAGAUGUGAAGAAGCGUUGUUGCGAGGAGCAACGAUGCACAUUUACGGGUACAUACUUGGAAUUGCAAAAACAUGCUGAACUGGAGCAUCCUCAUUCUGAACCAUCAAAAAUCGAUCCUGCCCGGCAGCUUGAUUGGGAAAACUUCCAACAGUCUUCUGAGAUCAUUGAUGUUUUGAGCACUAUACAUUCAGAAGUCCCUCGGGGGGUUGUUUUAGGUGAUUAUGUGAUUGAAUAUGGUGAUGAUGAGACUGGGGAUGAGUUUGAGGACUUUCAUGGGGAUGAACGUAACUGGUGGACCUCCUGUAUAUUGUAUCAGGUAUUUGAUAACUUGAGGAAUUCUAGAAAUAGAAGAAGAUCAAGAGUUGGUGACAAUAGAAGAGGAGGCCGCCGAGCAAGCUAUGAUGCAAAUUCUGAUGACGGUUCUGUGACAUCUGUUGAUUUCACAGACUAUAGGGCAGAUGAGAUUGAUGAUGACUUUAUGAGUUCAAGUGGUUCCUCCAGGGGUGGCUCAAGUCAUCGCAGUUCCCGUAGACGGCGUUCUCGCUUCUAUGACAUUCUUAAAUAGAAUAGAAAGGAAGGGAAAGACGGAUAGAGGUCCAUUGGAAGAAGGGAGGUGGAAAGCAGUGGGAUGCUUGCUGUAGAUCUCUUCAGUGUUUAAACAUGCAGAAACUGCAUCGAGAUACAGUGUUAGCUUUUCAAAUCAGUAAUUAGAUGUACUGAUUGGAUAUCACAUGACAAAUCCGUUGGCUGCAUGGAUCCCUUUAUUAGAACUAUCAUCUUCUUGCAUUCAGUUCAGUGGUCUAAAGGACUAGUGUAAUAUAUAAACAGCUGUGGAAGGUAUGAUGUUUCUUCUGUUAACCUAGUGAUUGCUCACCCGAAUCGUUUUAAAAGAACUUGACGUCUUUCCAAUUUGUAUUUUACAUUUCUUGCCGUCUGAAAAUGACAUCAAUGACAUAUCUUGUUGGAACUUGAAAGCAUAUACGAUGUAGGCUUAGUUUAGGUAACAACCUUGUGUCAUGCAGUUGUUAAAGUCAAUUU